AUGAGUAAGGUGUGUAAUGAGCACACAGCCCCGUUUGUGUUCAGACAGCAGGACUUUCCUCUGAAUAACGCGCUACAGGAGGUUCUUCAUCAGGGCGCGACGCGCGCGCGGGAGCUGAGAGACGCGCAGCAGCAGCUACACGCGCUACAGGCGUCUCUGGUGGACGUGGAUCAGAGCUGCGAGUGUGUGUGUUCUGCGGUGAGUCUGAAAGAGAAGCAGCUCAGCGUCGUUCACUGCGACACGGACCGGAUCCGCAGCAGCAUCAUCAGUCUGAACACACACAUCGAGUCGGUUCUGCUGGAGAACCUGUGGCUCACACACUCCGUGGAGGAGCAGCAGGAGCAGAUGCGCUCGCAGCUGGCGGAGUUCAGCUCGUAUCGAGCGGAGACUCUCGGCUUCCGGUCCGCGGUGUCGGCGCUGGAGACUCGAGCUCUCGUCCAUCAGGAGCUCCAGCAGAAACAGCAGGAGGUGUGUGUUCUGGAGGAGAUGAAGACGGAUCUGCAGAACCCCGCCGGCAGCGCAGUCCGCCAGGCACAGAAGGAAAUUGACUUUCUUAAGGCGAAUAUUCUCGAAGGCAGACGGACAUUGAGGGAGAGGAAAGCUCAACUGGAGGAGGAACAGCGAACACACACACAGCUGAGGAGAGAGAUCGAGGUAAAGCGAGCUUUAUACA